GGGCGGAGAAUGCGCGCGCAGCGCCUUCCUCCCCGGCGGAAGUUUUCGCGGGGCCACUGAAAAGGAGAGUCCCUGUCCCCGAAGUGAAUCAGAACACUUACGAUGGAGAUUCCAGCCCAGUGCUUCUGAGGGCUAGACCGUGAUCUCAUAAAGCAUGAGCAGCUUCUGUCCAGACUGUGGCAAAAGUAUCCAGACAACAUUCAAAUUCUGCCCUUACUGCGGAAAGUCUUUGUCGACAGAGGAGCCUGAGGGGUCCCAGAACUUAGUCAGACCGAUUUCGUCAAUCUUCCGAGGCUCAAGCAGAGAGAAGAACGCCAGUUAUGAACCCUCUCCCAAGAAAGUGAAAUGGUCCAGCUGUUGUAGCACGUCUUCGUCAUCCUUCUUGUCAGACCGUAACAGUUCUGGGUCUGAAGAGAACUUGAAGGCCAAAGGGAUAUGGAGCAGUCCUCUGACCCCCAAAAGCAGCCCGCAGAUGAAGAAGAAAAGCCCUCAGACCCUGAAGCGGCGCCGUAUGACCAUCUCCAUUGAGGCGCUGCCCACGGGGACAGUGAUGAUGGACAAGAACGGACGAUACUGGAAGCUGGGAUCCCUGCAGACCAGGGACGACCAGGGCAUGCUCUAUGAAGCUGAGCCUCUCUCCGCCUACGAGUCGAGUGCCCAGAUACAAAGAUUCUCGCUGAAACUGGAUACCAAGGACGGGCGCUUGUUCAAUGAGCAGAACUUCUUCCAGAGGGCCGCCAAGCUUUCGCAAGUGAACAAGUGGAAGAAGCUGUCCUUGACCCCCUUACUGGCCAUCCCCACCUGUGUUGGUUUUGGCAUUCACGAGGACAGGUACAGGUUCUUGGUGCUCCCCAUGCUGGGGAGGAGCCUUCAGUGGACCCUGGAUGACAACCCGAAGCAUGUAAUGCCCACGCAAUCCGUGUUCCAGGUGGCCUGCCGGCUGCUGGAUGCCCUGGAGUUCCUCCAUGAGAAUGAAUAUGUUCAUGGAAAUGUGACAGCUAAGAAUAUCUUUGUGAAUCCCCUGGACCGGAGCCAGGUGACCCUGGCAGGCUACGGCUUCGCCUUCCGCUAUUCCCCAGGCGGCAAACACGUGGCCUACAAGGAAGGCAGCAGGAGCCCACAUGAGGGGGACCUGGAGUUCAUUAGCAUGGACCUGCACAAGGGAUGCGGACCCUCCCGCCGCAGCGACCUCCAGUCCCUGGGCUACUGUUUGCUGAAGUGGCUCUACGGAAACCUGCCGUGGACAAACUACCUUCCCAACACUGAGGAUGUCAUGAAGCUGAAACAGAAGUUCCUGAGCACCCCGGUGGCCCUCGUGGGACAGUGCAGUCACUGGAUUCGGCCCUCAGAGACGCUGCAGGAGUACCUGAAGGUGGUGCUGGCCCUCAAGUACGAGGAGAAGCCACCCUACGACUCGCUGAGGAACGGCCUGCAGGACCUGCUACAGGAUCUGCAGGUGUCGGCCUAUGACCCCAUCGACCUCCGGGUGGCGCCAUAGGACUUUCAACGCCCAGUUUGAAACAGGAAAAAAAAAAAAAAUGGGUAGAAGAACCGUGAAAUCCAGGCCUGCUGUAGAUAAGCUUCUAGAAAGACCCCUCCGACGUGCCUUCCUGCCGCUUCUGUAGGCGGCGCUGCUGUCCGGCCAGAUUGGCGGGGAACCCAGGGAACUCGGCAGUUAGGCUGCAGGUAACGUGAAUGACCUCCUUCACCGUCCCUUCCUCACAGCCGCCAUCUCCGCAGCCGCUGGGGUGGUGAACAGAGAAGACCCUCAACUAGGGGACGGGGUUGAGCCGGCCCCUCAGUGGGACCCUUCCUACCAUUGGAACCACUGUGCUUUGGUAAUAAAUUGUUUCACGGGAGCUUGGA